UGGAGAAAGCAAGAAGGAGGAGGCUAUUCUAUCUCUGGAAGAUAACCAGGAAAUCCAUCGCCAGUCUAUGGUCUAUGGUUUUACACUGGGACGUGCGGACAGGAUGGAGGACUUGAAGACAGGUGUGGGGGCUGCAGAGACAGACUGCCCAAUCUGUUACGAAUGCCUCACAGGCACAGCUAGAACUCUAAGCUGUUCUCACACGUUCUGCCAUGACUGCCUAGUCAGAACCUUGGUCAGCAUCAACAAUGAUGGGGUCAUCACGCGGGAUAGUAUUGUCUGUCCCAUUUGCAGGCACCUUACAUUUAUCGCUAAACAAAAUGAUCCCGUGGUGACUAACAGCCUGGAUGCACACAACGAGAAGACUUUAGAAGUGCCUUUGCUUGAUGUCCAACCUGUCAGAAGUCGGUCUCCAAAUAUCUCACCUGUGAGUACAUCUUCUGGAAGUUUUGGUUGGAUUACGCGAUAUUUCAGAGGGGUAUCUGAAAGGUUUCACUCACAGGGUUGGAUCAGACCCAAGAAAAACCCAUCGGAGAUUUUCAUCAUUAGUGAACUUGGCCGACCGAUGAAAGAGGACGAUAUAAGUGUUCUCCCAGCGACAACAGUAUUUGUUCCAAAUCGAACGAGGCGCAGACGCAUGAGAAUUUGUACAACUGGGCGAUGUUUACUGUUCCUUUUAUCAAUUUUCUCCAUUCUUGCUCUUAUAACCGUAACAUUACCUUGGAUUCUGCUGGCAUAAUGGAUUCGUUGCGCACCUUUCUUGUUAUAUGUCACAGAUGUGCGGCCUUGAUAAAAAAAAGUCGCUGUUGACUUUUUUUUUAACCAUGUCUUCAUGUCUUACUGUGAAAAACAGUUAAUUGAUUAUGUAAUUAAUCUGUAGGCUAUACUUUUCACCAUGUAUUCCUGUAUUAUUGUUGAAAACACAUUAUAUAGCCUAUAUUGACAUAAUUCGUUUUAAAAAGACGAUGAGUUAACCUGUGAGGAGGAUGAACAAUGAGCGAAUGGUUAUCAGGUUAUCAGACAAUGGUUAUCAGGUUUCAGGUCUGUGUUGGGGUAAAAGUAAGGGUGAAGUUAUGGAAGGUGGAACUGACUGUGCUAUUUGUCAAAGUUUCUGGGACACUGGUGGUGUAAUUUUGCAUAACUCUGUAAAGUGUUACCAUGCUCAUGCCUAAAAGGCCUGUGUGCAUUUUUUUCCAUGACACACCUCCCUUUAUCUGUUAUUUCCUGUCAGACUGGUUCCAGUAACUGGGUUGAGAACACCCACUGAUGGAUCACUUGAUGUGAUUUAUUCUUAAUUUGACAAACCAUAGCUCUACAAAACACAAUUAAUUUAAAGUUUUUUUUAAAUCACAUGUCUCAAUCUAAAUCG